AUGGCGAUGCCAGCUGUUCUUGUCCGUCUUGCACAGACCAAUCUAUGGGCACGCUCCAGUCGAGAGCAGCCUGCCAAGUUGUGCCAUGCCGCUGCCAAGGAGUGGCAUAUCACUGCCAAGGGUUUCGUCCAUUACCCUCAAAGUAGCAGUCUGGGCAUUUGGACCAGUAAUAGCGGAGCAGCUGAGCCGCCCCCAACUGCAACGACCGUGGAAUGCCCCAUCCCCGCUGCGCACGAUGGUUUCCAAGCAUCUUGGCUCUCCCCAUGCACUGUGGAACCCCAGUCAUCUCGGGUUACUACUUUUGUCAAUCCGGGGAUGUAG